AUGAGCCCAAGCACGGAAGAAGGCACCCUAGAAGAGUUCAUCUUGGAGAACUAUCCGGAUGCCAAUCUUCUCGAUACAAUCGGUGAGGGUGUGAUCGAGGCCACUGAAGCAAGCUCAAGGGAGGCGCGUUCAUCCUCUGGUUUCAGGAGCUGGGUCAGAAGUAUCCGAAACAGCAGAAGUGGCUUUUCUCGAGGACCCACGCGUUUUGUGACCGAUUGGCCCGAGGAUGAGGGUCUAGAUGAGAGCUAUCGCAUGUUCUCUGAACAGCGAAUUAGCCGUGACGACGCUUCCUUCGUGACAUCCUCUUCGUUUCUGCAUAGUAUCAAGACAGCUACUAUGAGCCUGGCAAGCUUGAGCGUUUUGAAUCGAGGACGAUCAAAUACUCAAGGGAGCAGCCAUCAUCGCAGCAGUACCUUUUCUGGCUCCGAUCCCCGAAGAUCAAUGGAAAGCAAUAAGCUUAGUACAAGUGUCUCCCUCGAUGAACUCGCCUGGAGUCACGCAGUUAGGAGGCACAGAGUCAUUCAAGAGUUGAUUGACACGGAAACUUCUUACAUCGCAAUAUUAAGGAAUCUGUCACAGGGCCUCUCACUGGUCUUCAUCACUCCGUCCGCCGUCCGCCGUUGUGUCGAUUCACUCAUCACUCUUCAUGAGAGCUUGCUAGAUCGCUUCCUACAUCGCCCGAAUUCUUCCCAGUCAAGCUCAGUGUUCUUUUCAGCAAGCAGAAGUCGUCAAGUCAAGCGUGGCAAUGCGAACUCUUCAGCUCCUUCAGGCACGAAUAAUGUAUUUUUGGAUCCUAGAAAGCCGCGUGGACAAGCAAGCUCGCGAAGUCAGCCUCUCAGAAUUGCUGCCGCUGCUCCAAAAGAGGCGGCCGAUAUAGCAAGCAUCAUAGAAGCACAUCUGCCGAGAUUUUUGAUAUACAGAGAAUAUAUUGCAAAAUACCCAUUGCUGCAAACUGAGGUUGAGGUGUUCAGACACUCAAAACAAAAUUGGCAAGCAUAUGACCAGGGCCUUGAAGCCUUAUUCCGAACCGUUCAGCCGCUCAGCUCGCGAGAAAAAUAUGCCAAUCACGCCCGAACCAUAAGUGACCUUCUUAUACAGCCAGUGCAAAGGCUUUGCAAGUAUCAGCUCUUCCUAUCCGACUUGCUCAAAUGUACCCCGGCGUCACACUGUCCGACCACGCACGAGAUACUUCAGGGGGUAUAUCAAAAGGUCGUUGAAGUGACGGCAGAUGUUAACAGCAGCUCUGCAGACCGUCUCACCUUAAGUCGGCUAAGGCAGACAAUGGAGCUUCAGCUGAAGCUUGAAUUCCCUUCGAACGAGGAAUAUCGCGAUCUGCUCAAGGUAUUUGGGCCAAUCAAAGUGUGCGGAGCACUUCAUAUCACUUACCAGGCUCGUGAUAUGGUGAAUGGGGUAUACAUGGCAUGUGCAUUAUUUGGAUCCCACUUGCUACUAGCUAUUUCAAGUAGUGAUCGGGAGAAGUUCAGAGUUAUGGGAAUCGUUUUCCUCGGUGGAGCAAGGUUGGAGGAGACAGUCAAUGGAAUAGGCCUGCAUUGUGCCACACCUUAUUCCUGGAAACUUGUUUUUAAUUUCGAGGAAAACCUCGUGGAGCUAAUGUUCAGUGCCUGUUCAGCAAAGGAAGAAAGCGAGUGGGUCCGACAUUUGAUAUUGGAAAUGGCUCCUGAAAAUAGCACACAGCCUGGUGCUGGAAGUCCUAGAGGGAAAUCGAGCCUGUAUUUCGAUAUAAAGCCACUCCAGGCUAUGAUAGUGAAUGACCGCCUCCUUGGAGUCGCGCGUCGUACUUCCAUUCACGGUACUUUGGUGACGCUCGCCAGUCCGGACUACCAGCGUAUUUAUAUCAAGGGCACUUCCGCGAUACCCAUCAAUCAAUCAAACCGCCCGCCAUUGGGGAGGUCCCAGUCUGUCCAAAACGCUGAACGAGACAUUGUUAUCGCCCCAAAAAGACAAAAACGAGUCAAGCUAGAGAAACGACUCUCGGAUGUUUGGACACGCGAUAUCAUCCCAUAUCCAGGGAUGCCAGUUCAAGGCCUCGGGGAGGCCUUUAUGCGAUCCUCGACUGACGCAUUGAUGGGAAGACUUACGAGUUUGCCACAAUUUGGUCGACGCGCUAAUAGCAACCGGAUGAUUGUAAGAACUAAGAGCAUAGAGCAGUUCACAAUUCAAAAGGAUGACGCCAACAAUAAGGAGGACGACGAGGAUGACCCCAGCAGCCCUUCUCUAGAAAAAGAGAAAGACCAGGAUGAAGAAGCCGACAAGUUUGAUCUGAAAAGUACCAUUAUUGAAACUCCUAGAUCCCAGCGUCGAGGAUUCAUGUCGCUUCGCAAGAAAUACUCAAUGUCAACUGAGUGCGAUUCCGGACAAGGACCAGUUGAAAUUCUUCCAAAAGCGAUGAAACAAAGCUUGCGCAAGCGGCUGAGUGUGGCUUUGUUCAGAACGGGCUCUCCUAGCAGAUCUCGUCGCUUCAAGUCGGUUGAGGUAUGA